AUGACACAUGAGCUCACCUCAUGUCCUAUGUGUGAGGAGGAAACCAAUAACCAAAGACAACUCUCGCGAUCGGGCAUCUUCUCCCGACUACAAUCUGGCCCCAGCCAAACUGAUCCUAGUCAGAACAGCAACUACAUAAACAGUCAAAGAGACCAUCAUGGUGAACGACCACAACUGGAAGGAACUCAAAGGCAAACCCAAAGACAAACCUAUAAAAAGGAUGAGGGGCAAUCUUUGAGGAACUUGGGGGAUCGACAAGGAAAACAUAACUCUUAUUACCCUAGAGAUCCCAGAGACAGAGAGAGAAAGGAGGACCUGGUCCAUAGAUCAAGUUUUUCCAUAAGGGAGAAACGAGGAGACAAUCUCACUCACAGGGAAGCUAGCUACCGAGCUCCAUACCACAGAGACAGCAGAGCACAACAAGGCUAUUCUUAUGGACGAAAAGAACAAGAGGACCAUCGUCCUUCUUGGACCAAGAAAUCCCAACCCAUAGAUAAAGAAUCACUCCAAGGACCAGUCCAGGACAAGCAAGGCGUCCAAGAGCGUGAAAGAGAGAUGGAGUUGGAGAAGGAAGCUCAUAUUGGAAAGGCACAUCUAGAAAUCGGCCAUCACUCAAAAGCUAGACCUGAUGAAAAAGUCUCAUAUAAGAAAGGUGGAACCUCAGAAGAAGUACAAUCUCACCAUUGUGAGGUACAAGUGACAACAGCUCCACAAGCUAAUAACGACACCAACCAAAUCACUUCUCCUGAAGACUAUCAACACCAUUCUCCGAUGGAGAACGACCAAACUCAAGACCUACCAAAUGAUGCCAUGAUGAUAGGAGCCCUCCAUGAAGAAGAAAUUGAAAACCCGGAAAUCAAUGAAGAAAAUGGAGACAAUGAAGAACUUCUUGGAGAGGACCCAGAAGAUGACCUAUUAGGUGAAGAUCUUGAAUUAAUGGAAUCCGAGAAGAACCAUUCAGCCUCGGCUCCAAGUGGAUCGAAUGAGGAUAGCCUCAAUGAGACUAUUACCGCUUUUAAGGCUAAGGUGAAAUCCAGAGAGACAAAGAACCAAACAAUACCUAAAGGAUCUAAGCAACAAACGACAACAAAGAAGCUACCUAGGAAUCUUUUCCCUUCAGGCAGCCACAUAAAGAAAACCGGAAUCCUCCGUAGAGGAUCUCCUCGUAGACGGACGAACUCCAGCAACACGACCGUCGCCACAAGAGAAGCUCCGGCUUCCUCGGCUCCUUACCCUCCCAGCAAAACUAGAAAAGACACACAGCGCUCCGGUCUCGACAUAACAGAUGAAGAAGUAGGUUUGGUGGAUUCCCUGAAACCACCCAGUCUUUAUCCAUGA